GCGGAUCGAGCGCGGUGAAACCGAUACGAGAGAAAUCGAGAAAGUGUUUGUAGAACAUCUCCGGACGCCUGUUCGCAAACGAAAGCCGCAAAACGGAAGCUGUCUUCGCGGGAGAAUUAGUCGCAGGAUUGUGAAAGACGCAUGCGAACGCGCGAGAGCCAGCCGCGCGCUCUCUCUCUCUCUCUCUCGACUCGCCUACUGUUCGACGCCCAGGCGAACGUCAAACGCAGCAUCGGCAUUAAGGGAAUAGCGUAUAUCCGUGGGGGAGAUUUAGACGACGGGGUCAAUCAGGAUCAAUCGCGGUGUAAUUGACGCGAUACUUUGCGAGGAGCACCGUCACAGCGAAACGAUUGAACCGAUAAGACUUCGAACGGUUCUGCGUGGACAAUCGUCGCCGCAGUCAUCGUCCCAUCAAUCUCCGUUCCGGCCUGGCUCAUCAUCGCACAAAUUAAGGGUACCCUCGUUUAGAAGCGGAGUCCGCUCGGGGCAAGCAGCUCGUAUCGUUCGCGAGAAAUCCCGUCCGCGAGACCGAAUCGAGAAACAAUAAAAGCGCCGACCCGUCGCGGCGACUGUUCGCGCGCGUGUGUGUGCGCGCAAGAACACGCGCGGGCGCGCGAGUGUGUGCAGUGGUGAUUGCGCGUGUUUCCGUACGGCCCAGGCCGAGUGAAAUGAUCGACAGCCAGUGAGGAGAACCGAGCUUCCGCGGGCCGAGGAAACAAGGGUGUCCAAAUCAAAAUGGGAGAGGGAAUGUUCACGGCGGCGAGCAGGAAGCAGCAAGUAUGCCUGCUGUUCUUCGUCCAGGUCGUCCUAAUUGUGCUAAUGGGCGCGCUGAUGACAUAUGGCCCGGAGGCGAAAGAUAACCGGGAGGAGUGGAGAUCCGUGAAGAAGUCAUUGCGAAUUUAUCCGAUGUAUCAAGAUGUCCACGUGAUGAUCUGGAUCGGCUUCGGGUUCCUGAUGACGUUCCUGAAGAGAUACGGCCAGAGCGCCGUCGGACUGACCUUCCUGGUCGGCGCGGUGCUCGUUCAGGUCGCGCUGAUUUGCGAGGGCGUCGUGGAGAUGAAGCAGGACAACGGUGCCUAUCUGUCACUGGAAAGCCUUCUGAGCGCCGACGUUGCAGUGGCCACCCCGUUGAUAUCCAUGGGCGCGCUCCUCGGUAAGACGACCUACAUACAGCUCGUGUUCAUGGGUAUCCUCGAGCUGAUCAUGUUCACCGUGAACAAGUACGUGGGGGAGCAUAUACUCAUGGUAGUUGACGCCGGCGACAGCAUGUUUGUCCACGCGUUUGGUGCGUACUUCGGUCUGGCGGUCAGCUUCGUGAUGGGGAUGAAGGAGAAACGAAAGGCGCACCAUCUCGAGGGACCCUCCUACAAUUCGGAUAUAUUCGCGAUGAUUGGCACGGUGUUCCUGUGGCUCUUCUGGCCGUCGUUUAACAGCGCCGCCCUCGAAGGCGACGACCAACAACGAGCGAUCAUAAACACCCUUUUGUCGAUCUCGGCGAGCUGCGUGAUCGCGUUCGCCACCUCGGCGGUGGUCUCGAAGGACAGCAAAUUCAACAUGGUCCAUAUACAGAACUCGACCCUGGCCGGUGGUGUGGCCAUCGGCACCGCGGCAGGCAUGAUGUGCGAGCCGGUGGGCGCUCUGAUCGUGGGACUGUUGGCCGGGCUGCUGAGCGUGCUCGGUUACAAAUACCUCACGCCUCUGAUACAUAAACACCUCCGGGUGCACGACACAUGCGGCGUCCACAAUCUGCACGGGAUGCCAGGUGUACUGGCUGGCAUUUUCGGCGCCCUCAUGGCUGGCCUGGCCACGAAAGAAACAUACAAUAAUUCCCUUUACGAGAUAUUUCCAGCCAGGGCGCCGAGUUCUGGGGACUUGCUGACCGAGCUGAUGGAAGAUUACAACAAUAUAUCACCCGGCGUGAAUAGAUCCGCGCUACAGCAAGCUGGCUAUCAGCUAUUAGCUCUCGCAAUUACACUGGGCAUCGCCAUUGUUUCCGGAUUGGUAACAGGUUUGAUACUGCGACUGUCGGUCUGCGGUUCGAUCUCCGAGGAGCUGAAAUUCGACGACGAGGCUCACUGGGAGCUGGAGGAAGAGUCCUCGGACGAAUCGAAGGUUAAAGAAGGAACCAACUCCGGCGAUCAAUUGCCGAUGGCUACUAUCUGAAGCGAGCCAACGCUUUAUCACCUGCACAAGAUCAAAUAAAAAAGCACACCGAGAGAUAGAGGCGCGCGAUCAACAGGUAACAUGGACACCAACAAGUGACGAAGCAAUAAUUGCAGAAAACAAUGUUGUUCAUAAAUAAAAGAGAAACGUUCAAGACGAGACACGUGUCGACAAUCACAAAUGUAACUUUUACAGAAGAGCAACCAGCAACGGACGUACAAUAUAUGUGUAUAACAUUUUUAUUGACA